UUUAGCAGAGCUGCAAAAGAAUCUUCUGCGAAAGUGGCGGCGUGAUGAGUUGUGUUUUCGUCGAAAUUCCGUUACAUUUUCCGUUGAAAAAGUACCAGAACCCUCAAUCCUAAAUUCUGGAACCCUUUCGUUCCAGUACUGGAACCCUAAAUACGUGGAACCGAAUAACGGAAUACGGAACGGAAGUCGCCGAAAUAUGGAAGGGUUCGAGUAUGUGAUCCAGCGUCCACCGCAGGCACGCGUGUGCUUCGGUUCCGGAGUUCAGCGUGAAACGGUGCCUCUGUGUGGUCCAGCUCGAACUCCACUGAUGCGUCGCCGGCAGCCGGAGCUGUUGGGAGAAAAUUUGGCACCCGGUCGGUAUGAUCUUGCCUACGAUCCGGCCGUACCGGAAACCCAUCCGGCGGUGCGACGACGUGGAGUCAGCAAACGUGGCUACGGACCCCUGGCAGGUACGACGAUAAGGUUCAACUUCGAGGAGGUAAGCAACAGUCCGGGCGUUGGUGAUUAUGAGCUGGUACGGAAACCGGUCAUCAAGGCGAAUGCCAAACCGUUUGGCUUUGGCGUACCCGAUAGGAUGCCGCAGAAUCAAUCACAGCCUACGCCAGGUGUUGGUACGUACCGCUUCAAAGCGCGCAAGGACAUCCGCAGUCACUCGUUCGGUGGUACGAUCAAGAUCACUCCCGCCACCCGGACGUUCUGCAAACCGGACAAUUUCGACCGGUGUCAGCGCUGUGAUGAGCGACCAGAUGUGGACUACUGGAAGAACUUACGCACGGAGCGGUGUCUCUGCCGGCGUUGCAUGGUGCGCGAGCUGAACGAGGCAAGGCCUGGUGCUCCAGCAAUGAAGCAGAAGACCGCACAGAAGAAGCUCGAAGCGUUAAAAGAGUUUAAGCGUGUACGCCACUGCAGCUAUUAUCAUCGACACGACAAGACAAACGCCGCGAUACAGUUCAUCAGUAACAAGCAGUUGAAGCGGAAGUUCCGACUGGAAAACUAUCUGUCAGCUUUCGAGGAGUGA